AGGAAGCGCGCCCGUCUCGAAACCGAAAGUGCGUCCGGUAUUCGUCUCUGUCGAGCAAGUCCUGACGGCGUUCGAAUAAGAAGACAUCCGAAAGCACGUAGGCCCGGUUCGUCCCCGAAUCUCUUCACUCUCCGUCCUUGUCCCUCUCUCUUUUUUCUUCUUCAUUUUUUUACUUUCUGUGCUGACUUGGACGCCACUCGACUGACUGAUCCCUGGCCACGACAACGACGAUGUGCCUACUAUACCUCUUUGUGAAUCCGCAUCCGAAGCCGGACGAAUACCUGCUUGUGUUAGCCAGUGUUCGGGACGAGUUUUUCGGCAGGCCCACCAGCGGCGUCCACAUAUGGGAGAACAACCCCCAGAUCGUCGGACCGAUGGACCUGGAAGAAGGCAAGGUGGGAGGCACGUGGCUGGGCAUGAACACUUCCGGCAAGGUGGCAUCCCUGCUGAACAUCAUCCAGCCCCUCGACGAAAUCACCGGCGACGAGAAACUGCCCAGAGGCCACCUGGCGGUGCGGUACCUGGAAGGCGUCCAGGACGGCAUGAGCUACCUGCGGGACCUGCGGCGGAAGGCCGGCGACUACAACAGGUUCCUCCUCGUCACGCUGGACGUCAGCCCUUCAAGGCAGGACAUCCAAGCCUGCUGCUAUACGAACGCCCUCGAUUCCCCACCAGUUCACCUAAAACCAGGUUUCCACGCCUUCGGCAACAGCAACCCGCUGCGUCCGUGGCGAAAAGUGGUCGAGUCGCGGGCGCAGUUCGGCGACAUCGUGCAGCGACAGGGCAAGGUCGGCCGCAAGCAGGCGCUGCUCGACGAGCUCAUCGCGAUGAUGAGCAACAGCACCGAGUACUUCCCCGACGACCAGCUGCUGAAGGACGCGGAAGGCAGGUCCGAAGAAUCGCUACGAAGCCUCAGCUCCGUAUUCGUCCGGGUCGAGGACGAGUACUACGGAUCCAGGACACACAGCGUCAUCCUGGUCGACUCCAGAGGCUGCGUGGACUACACCGAGCGUACCAUGCAGCAGCCAAUAGACCUGAACGGCAACGAACCCUGGGUUACGACGAGGCUGCAGUUCGGAAUCCAGGAGCCUGGAUCGCUCGCGUCCCGGCUUUGAGCACGAUCUAGGCGCCUGUUAUUCAUUGAUGCUUAUUAUUUAUGUCAUGCACUCAGA